UCCUCCAUCGCCGUCCUUCCUGCGUUUCCCUUCUUCCGCUUGCAGGUUGUUCGAAGGUAUCGCGACUUGGCCCCACAGCUGGUCCCCCCGACUACACCAAGAAGCCGGAGGUGAAGCUCUCCCUUACGAACUCAUUGGCAGCAUGCCUGAGCUGAAGGACAAUCCCUUCCGCCAACGGAUCGCGGAGGUCUUCUCUGAGGACGGCGAGGGCAACAUGACCCUGGAUGACUUCUUGGAUAUGUUCUCAGUGAUGAGUGAAAUGGCCCCUCGUGACCUCAAGGCUUAUUAUGCCUUCAAAAUCUACGAUUUCAACAACGACGACUACAUCUGCAAAUCCGACUUGGAGAAAACUGUGAACAAACUGACACGCAAAGAGCUGACCCCUGAGGAAGUGUGCCUGGUGUGCAACAAGGUGAUCGACGAGGCCGACCUGGACAACGACGGCAGGCUGUCCCUGGAAGACUUCCAGCACAUGAUUGUGCGAGCGCCCGAUUUCCUCAGCACUUUUCAUAUCAGGAUCUGAGCAGCAGCACCCGCCACCUUCCUCCCCGAGGCCUUCGGGGAGGUGGGCCCUGAAUGCCCCCCAGUGGCACCGCUGCCGCCUCCAGUGCUGGAGCAGAAGCCGGAGCAGAAGAGGAUGCCCAGCGCAAGCCCCCCCCCCCGGCCCCCAAAUCCCAAACGGAGGAUAGGAGCCCCAUUUCGUUGCAAAGGAGACUUGGAAGGGCUAAUAGGGCAUGCUUGGGUCUCUUGCUGUAAAACUGCUAGGAAUUAAACUUGAUAGGAUAUCUAUUUUUCUAACUUGA